CUGAAUCUCCAUCAGCCUCCGCCUCUCGGGGAGUCACGGAAACGGAGGACGCAGAGAUUAUACCCGACCGGAGACCGCAGGCGAUGGCAGCCGGUGGAGGAUGCGGGGAAUCGGUGGAUCAGUACCGGAGCGAGGUGGAAAGGCUGACCCGAGAGCUCGCAGAGGCGAACCGGGAGAAGAUCCGGGCUGCGGAAUGCGGUCUGGUUGUCCUGGAGGAGAACCAGAAGCUCAAGCAUCAGUACGCCGAGCUCGAGAUAGAGCAGGAGGCUUUAAAACAGGAGCUAGAGCAGCUGCAGGAGGCCUUUGGUCAGGCUUACACCAACCAGCGUAAAGUGGCCGAGGAUGGGGAGACAAAUGAAGAGACACUGCUGCAGGAGUCGGCCUCUAAAGAAGCCUAUUACAUGGGACGUCUGGUCGACCUUCAAUCCCAGCUCAAAGUGAGCAGCUCCGCGGCCUCCAAUGCCCAAGCAGAGACUGAACAACUCAAUGCCCUAAUGCAGGAACUCAGAGAGAACAAUGAGACGUUAGAGCUGCAGAGGGCCAGGAUGAGAGAGGAGAUCAGAGAGUAUAAGUUCAGAGAGGCCAGACUUCUGCAGGACUACACAGAGCUGGAGGAGGAGAACAUCACUCUACAGAAACUGGUGUCAACACUCAAACAGAAUCAGGUGGAAUACGAGGGUCUUAAGCAUGAAAUCAAAGUGCUUGAAGAAGAAACAGUGCUGCUCAACAGUCAAUUGGAAGAUGCUUUACGGUUGAAAGACAUUUCCCAAGGCCAGUUGGAGGAAGCGUUGGAUUCUCUGAAGAGCGAACGAGAGCAGAAGAACAAUCUGAGAAAAGAGCUGGCUCAUCAUCUCAGCCUGACGGACAGUGUUUAUGGAGCCAGCACUCACCUGGCCAUCUCUGCCGUAGAGGGUCUGAAGUUUGCAGAGGAGGCUGCGACCAACGGCACAUCUGCUUCUGGGACCAGUCCCAACAACGAGGACAGCAACCGUUGUAAUAAUGAGUGUAAUGGACAUGGACUAAAAGGAGAAUAUCAUCGCAGGAAGACAGAGAUGCUCCCGGUGUCUGAUCUCUUCAGUGAACUCAACCUGUCUGAGAUACAGAAACUCAAGCAGCAGCUCAUACAGGUUGAGAGAGAGAAGGCAGUUCUACUUACCAACCUGCAGGAGUCUCAAACUCAACUGCAGCACACGCAGGGUGCUUUAACUGAGCAGCACAGGCGUGUUCAUCGCCUUACGGAGCGUGUCAAUGCUAUGAAACGCCUCCACAAUGACAAGGAGUUUGACACAGAAGAGUCCGAGAAGGGCGACGGUCCUAUAAAUGGUUGUUGUGAGUUUGAAACAGACUUCAAUGGAAUAGAGCUUCUAGAGUGCAAAUACAGAGUUGCCGUGACUGAGGUCAUUGACCUGAAGGCGGAGCUUAAGGCGUUGAAGGAAAAGUAUAACCAGUCUGUGGAGAGCCAAUCAGAAGAGAGCAACCACAGUGAAGGGAAGGUCCAGGCUCUUGAAGAACAGGUGAAACAGCUGGAGAAAAGCUGUCGUGAGGCCCGUGAGCGGGUCAGCAGUCUGGAAGCUGAGCUUCGGUGUGCUUCUGGAAUGGCCAGCGAAAGUAACGGCAUGCUGAAUGCAGCUCAAGACGAGCUGGUUACAUUUAGCGAGGAACUUGCUCAGCUCUACCACCACGUCUGCUUGUGCAACAACGAAACACCAAAUCGUGUCAUGCUGGACUACUACCGUCAGAGUCGGGUUACACGUAGUGGCAGUCUCAAAGGCACAGAGGACCCAAGAGCCCUGCUUUCUCCACGUUUAGCUCGACGUCUCGCGGCUAUGAACUCCUCAGACAUGUCCAAGAGUCCUCAAGACUCUCCCUCCAAGGAACCCCUUGGAGAAGUAAUUAAAGGGGAAGGAGGAAGUCCCAAUAGAACCCCAUUUGGCUCACCAAUCAAUGGGUCAUCUCUCUCAUCGUCCUCAAUUCCAGAGACAGGUGAUCUCCGCAGGGAGCCCAUGAACAUCUAUAACCUCAACGCCAUCAUCCGUGACCAGAUCAAGCACCUGCAGAAGGCUGUAGACCGCUCUCUCCAGUUGUCCAGGCAGAGGGCUGCUGCCCGAGAGUUGGCACCUAUCCUCGAUAAGGACAAGGAGGCCUGCAUGGAGGAGAUCCUGAAACUCAAAUCGCUCCUGAGCACCAAAAGAGAGCAGAUCGCCACCUUACGUCUUGUUUUAAAAGCCAACAAACAGACUGCUGAGGUGGCCCUGGCAAACCUUAAAAGCAAGUAUGAAAAUGAGAAAUGCAUGGUGACGGAGACAAUGAUGAAGCUUAGGAAUGAACUCAAGGCUCUCAAAGAAGAUGCAGCCACCUUUUCCUCAUUGAGGGCAAUGUUUGCCACAAGAUGCGAUGAGUAUGUAACUCAGCUAGAUGAGAUGCAGAGGCAGCUGGCUGCCGCAGAAGAUGAAAAGAAGACACUGAACUCCCUCCUGCGAAUGGCCAUUCAGCAGAAACUGGCCCUCACGCAGCGCCUGGAGGACCUGGAGUUUGACCACGAGCAAUCGCACUGUGGACGAGGAGGGAAAGUGCCAAAAAUUAAGAGCAGCCCUCAAAAAUUUCUCUUAGAUUGUCAGCAGCCUGCUGCCUCAGUACCGCCGUCCUCCCCACAACUGAGGCGCAGCAGGGUAUCCACGGCCCACAGUCCUAGUGUGUUACUAGCUCUUGAAGAGGACCAGAAACCUGCGGACAUCUCCAGACUUCCAUGUGACCCUUUCAACUGUCUGGCCCAACAUUCUCAUCUUUUUGGCCCUUAGUGUCCUGUCUGUGAACUCUAAAAGUGUCCAAUCCUCACUGAGAUAAACAAAGGGGCGGGGCUCAUCAGUAAGACCUCCAGCAAAUCAGAUGCUCCUCUUUAUCUCCGAUCCCUGAGGGACACGCCCCAAUUUCCAGAGAUUGGAUGAAUUAUUAAACGAUGCCAAUUGUGAAAGUACUCAUAAUGUGAGAAGUGAGAAACGGACUGAUGUAUUUAUCUAUUUAUUAUUUAAUUUAUUUAUUUGUGUUCUUUGUUUAUUUUACAGUAUUAUAUAUGGUAUGUCUAAUAAUUCGGAUGUGAGGAUGCUUUUGGAUAUGGGUGCAGCUUUGCUUAAACAUCACACUUUUAAAGCAAAACAUUACAGGUAUUAAUUUUAUCAACCCAAGAAUGAAAUGUGACUCGAGCGUGAUUAAGAGUUCAAACUAAUAUUUGGGUAGUGUUUUACAAUAAUGUUCCAUUAGUGAAGUUUAUUUAUAAACUAAUUUCGAGAGGAUCAUGUGCUUAUGAUUGAUCACAUCAGGUCCUGCAUUAGCCAAUUCCGAAGUCUCCAUAAAUAACCUAAGUUCCAUAUUACAGUCAUCUUCGUUUUGAAGAAUCCCCCUUCCUCCCCUACUACUCAGCCUUUCCUAGAUGGGUGGCACGGUGGCCUAGUGGUUAGCACUGUUGCCUCACAGCAAGAACGUCACUGGUUCUAGUCCUUUGCAACCCAAUCAAUGUUUCUGUGCGGAGUUUACAUGUUCUCCCUGUACUCGAGUGGCUUUCCCCCCAGGCCCCCUGGUUUCCUCCCACCAUCCAAAUACAUGAGACUUAAUUUAAUUGACUAAUCCAAAUUGGCACUAUAGACGUGCUUCUAGUAAGUAGUUAUCUCUUCAUAACAAUCCCAAAUUGCUCAUUAGCUGCAAACAGCAGGGGAGUUCUCGAGACCUACCUGAGCUCAAACUCCCCUCUCGCCCUGCAAAUGGGAGGGAGCCUUGGGCUCGAGGAUCUUAUGAGCUGAGGGCUCUCUUUCAGUACAGUAUGCCAAGCAUGCUUUAUAAUCAAUCCUCGGCUAAGUGUGAACUCUUGAAUUACAUUAGUUUAUAUGAGCUGGCAGUGAAAAAUAGUAAUAAAUAUUCUAAUAAUCUUAGUUACAUUAUUAAAGGCACAACCAGAGCAAAGUUGAAAGAUGAAAAAAAGGAAAAUUAAAUGCUAAUUGUGCACAUGCUACCAAAGUAAGCUAAAUAUAAAGUUCAUUCAUUGAAUUUCAUUUUCCUUUGGCAUAGUCUCUUAUUUGUCAGGGGUCACCACAGUGGAAUGAACUGCCCACUAUUGCACCUUCCAGCUACAAUCCAGCACUGGAAAACACCCAUACACUCUCACAUUCACACACACACUCAUACACUACAGCCAAUUUAGUUCAUCCAAUUUACCUAUAGCACAUGUCUUUGGAAUGUGGGGGAAACCAGAGCACCCGGAGGAAACCCACGCCACACAUUCAAACUCCACACAGAAAUGCCAACUAGCCCAGUUAGAACUCGAACCAGCGACCUUCUUGUUGUGAGGCGACAGUGCUAACCACUGUGCCACCGUGCUGCCAAUUAAUGUUCAAUUAAUCUUAGUUACGUUAUUAAAGACACAACCAGAGUAAAAUUGAAAGAUGAAACAAGGAAAAUGCUAAAUGAAAAGCUAAUUGUACACAUGCUAGCAAAGUACAUAAGCUAAAUACGAAGUACAUUCAUUCAUUCAUUCAUUUUCUUUUCGGCUUAGUCCCUUUAUUAAUCUGGGGUCGCCACAGUAGAAUGAACCGCCAACUU